UAACCACGUGGAAAUUCGUUUUGACCGCCGGGGGUGACAAAUAUUUACAGUGAUCAGCCCCGUGGAAAAUGUGAGUCAUACGAUUGUGGUUAGCUUCUCAAUCUGGCUUGUCAAGUCUCACUCCAGCAUCAAUGAAAGCUACCGUCUCCGACUGGCAGGAGAAAAUAUUUGAAUCUGAUUUACCUCCACCCCAGUCCCCGCCCCCUACUUCCUCAUCGUCUCAGCCCGCUCGCCCACAGCCGGGAUUAGUUUGCAGCCUCCUGACUGACCUCGAAGACCUCCACAAGUCAACAGCGAUGUCGGGUAGCCUCAAGGCUUCGCGACGGUAGCCUCAUCACUCCGAUUCACGGGUAUUUGCGAAUGAUGUGGUUCCUUCUUUUGUAUCUGCUCCCGUCUUCAGCCUGGGGUAACUUUUACUCUGUAUGGAGUGUCAAUGCUCCCAGGGCUGUAGAAGGGGCAGAAGGUUCGUGUUUGAUAAUUCCUUGCCAAUGUCGCUAUCCCAGAAAUAGCAACCUCCAGACGGCCAUGUGGUUGAAGGGGGAGAAAGUCAAUGGUAUUCUGGUGAUCUCUUCCAAUGGGGACACGGACCCCAGCUUCCAAAACCGAGCCACACUCACAGGCAACAAGCAAAUAGGAAAGGAUUGUACUUUGAAAAUAACCGACUUACAGAAGAGCGAUGAAGGGACCUAUCAUUUUCGAAUGUCUGAUCAGAAUCGGGAAAAUUAUUCAGAUCCCAACGGUGUCUCAAUAAAAGUUGUUGAUGUGUCUGAGUUGAUAAAGAUAUCAGAUCCGGGUGAGGUGCUGGAGAAUGUGGAGGUGAGCCUGAACUGCUCAGUGAGUUUCCUCUGUCCCGGUUUGCUGAAGUGGUUUGACACUGAGGGACUGAACAUUUCAUCAUCAACCGCAAGCUCUCGGCCAGAAAUCAGUAAACCAGCGAGCAGCACCAUCCUGAAAUUUACGCCGUCUUACCGGGACAACGGGAGGACUCUGAGCUGUGGAUUUAAAACAGCGAGCGGUGAAAUUCACAAUGCUACCACCACAUUAAACGUGCUGUAUGCACCGAAAGAUGUUUACAUUGACUCCUCCCAGCUCAUCCCGUACCGUUGGAAUCAAUAUGUCACAUUAUAUUGCCUGGUCACUAGCAGCAACCCACCUGUACAAAGCUUCACAUGGUACAUGGGGACGACAGUCUUCAGAGAACAUUUGCCAAGGAAGCAGUUCCGUGUUUCGUAUGAUUCUUCCCCCGUUCGAUGUGAAGCAGCCAAUUCUUUGGGAAAGACCUCCUCAGAUGAAGUCAAACUGGUCACGUUACAACCGGGCACUUGGGGAGUGUGGAGUCCCCUUGCAGUGCGAGCUCGCACAGGUUCAUGUGCGGUUAUCCCAUGUGAGUUCAAGCACCCUACCACGAUAUCAGACAAGGUGAAGAAGAUUGCAAUGUGGCUGCAAGACCAUCACUACCAUGGAAAUAAAGUUUAUCACAAUGAAGAGGUGGGACAAGCUGAUUACAGGCGGCGGGUGGAAUUUCUCGGAAACUUGGAGAAUGGGAAUUGUACCCUGAAGGUGAAAAACUUAACAAGCAAUGACAGCAGAAAUUAUUAUUUCCGGAUUGAAAUGGGUGAGCACAAGUGGUCACAGCAAACAGGGAGCAGACUGAUGGUUUCUGACCUUCCCGAGAAGCCGGUGAUCCAGGCGCCGGUGACAGUGACGGAGGGACUCCCAACGACGAUGAGCUGUUCCGUGCACAGUCCCUGUCCUGAGGAUAUCCCGGAUUUGAAGUGGGUCACCCCUUUCUUCAGUGAGGUGUCAGAGAUACGGAAAACUUACCAGGAUAACUGUUGGACUUAUUCCCGCACCAUGUCCUUUACACCAGGAUUUGAGGAUCGGGAUCUCUCCCUGAGAUGCGUCGCUUGUUUUGGGACAGAUACUCCUCCUGUGGACAGUGAAGUGACCGUCAACCUUCAGUAUAAACCUCGCAAUGUUAGUAUCUCACUGACCAGGGGAACACAGCAAGGCAACCUAAAGGAAGGGGACUCUGUUACCUUAGAGUGCGAUGCCCUCCACAGUCAACCAGCAGUCACUUCUUACAUCUGGUAUAAGGACGGAACUCAGCUCUCCAGCUCCUGGAGACAACCCUUGGAAAUCAGACGCAUCAGUUACUCACAGUUUGGGAAAUAUUUCUGUGAAGCUGAGAAUGGCAUUGGGCGUGGCAGGUCGGAGGAUAUCGAAGUGAGAGGGCAGUGUAAGUGCACAGAGCUGUGUUUAGGGGCGGUACUGACCACUGAAUCGAACUGGACCAUUGAUUUGCCAGGCACUUUAACAGUGCAACCAGGAUUGUGUGCGGUAGUUCCUUGUAACUUCCAACACGUGGGAAACGUGAACACAACCCAGGUUCAGAUCUCCUGGUACAAGCUCUCGCAGGUGCUUCCGAAUCGGACCAUUACACAGCAAGACUCCGUACACCAGGAAUACAAAUCCCUCAGUGGGCUAAACAGUACCCUAAUGCAAAUCGACUGCUCCCUGAGAAUCAGCCCCAUCACUGAUCAAAAUACAGGAAUCUACCAGGUCACCAUCCAGCUCAGCGAGACGAACCUGACUUACCAAAGCUCCUCUCUUAACUUAACCAUCACAGGGGCCCUGAAACCGAACAUAUCCUCGAUGGGAAUAAUUGUCCAGAACAACCUGACCACGUUGAGCUGCACAUUUCAUGAUGUCUGCGAUGAGCCUGGGGUGAACCUCACCUGGAUAAACAUCACCAGCUUAAACCUUUCAGCGCCAGUGGGUGAAAGCCACUGGGACAAAGCUCGCUCACUGAUAAACAGCUCCAUCAGCUUCCUACCAUCUGCCAAUGAUAACGGGAAAGUGAUUGGUUGCCUUAUCAACUAUCCCAACGCUAGCCUGCAAUCUCUGCAGACCCUUCCUCUCGAUGUUAAAUAUGGCCCAGAUAUUCCAGAAAUGCGGCAGGUGACGGUGCAGGAGAUGGAGUCUGUUCAAGUUGAGUGUAUUGUGAACAGUAACCCAGUCAGCACGAUAAGGUGGUACAGAGGGAACGAGAGUAUUCUGUCUGCAGUGAAUGACACCCUAUACCUGAACAUUGACAACGUCACCUCCCGAGACAGCGGCGUUUAUAUCUGCCAAGCCUGGAAUUUGAUCGGCAAAGCAGAAAGGAAAGUGAACAUCACUGUUCAGUGUGAGUAUCUGAUGUGA